UCAGAAAGUGUUGUAUUACAGUGUUAGUGAAUUGAUAAUCUCACAACAUGCAGCGUUCCUUGAAGCUUGCCGCAUUCCCAGUUUUAAUGGCCUUGGUGGUUACUGCAGUCAUGGCAAACCCUUAUCGUCGACCAACAAAGGUGACAACCACCUGCUGUAAGUCAGUCUCCCGAGCCUGGAUUCCCUACAACAUCACCGGCUACCGUGAGCAGAAUGCUCUGGAGCCCUGUGUGCUCGCUGUCAUAUUUUAUACUAAAGAAGUUGGGCCAGUGUGUUCUAAUCCUACUGCCCGCUGGGUACAAAAUAAAAUGAAAGUGGUACCAAUGGUCAAUUAACUCAUCCAGCCGGGAAGACAAAAUGUCACUUUGUAUUGUGAUUAAUUAACUGUUGUAUAACCUUCUAUUUUGCUGAAUUGUUACACUGGAAUUGUUGCUCAUAUUUCAAUUGCAUUCUGUGUAUGUAAGUAUUGGUUAGCUGACAUACUGUGUACUGUAGUCAAUGGCUUGUGUUUUUCCAUUAAUUUACAUUAAGUGCAGAUGUAAUCAUUUAAACUUCACAUGCUCAUGGACUAUACUUCUAAAAACGACAGAUCCUCACAAAUCUCAUGGUAAAAAACCCCAAAAAAACAAUGUAGACACUGAUGUCUAUAAAAGUGAUGCCACAUGUAUUUACCCACAAGCAUACACCUUAUUUUUUAAAGCCCUAUCAACAUUAUUGACAGAAUCAAUCAAUGUUUGAAUGAUGAAUGAAUCACAGUUUGGGUUUGGGUUCAAUUUGGAGCUUCGUGAUUACUUUGUAACAUGCUAGAACAAUGUGGUUAUAAAACUGACUCUUUUAUACCCACAGAUAACUAGUCAUUUCACUUUUGAUUUUCAGUCAUUGAGAUAUUUUACCGUAAACCUAAACUACAGUGUUAACUGUUUGCUCCAGCUGCCAACACAUUACUAAUGCAACUGUGUUUUCUUUCACUUAAUUUUGCUUUGCUUUUAACAAUUUAAUGUAUAUCACUGUGUGACAAAGGCCCUUUAUAAAAGCAAUACUGUGAUGUUUUUGUUGUAUUUUGUCUAACUGGUCCAUAACUAUCAAUGACCUCAUUGCUUUUUAUUCUAUGCAAAUAAACGUAU